AUCCAAAUAGAAUUUGAGUCUUUUGAUUGCUUUUUGUCACCUCCCUCCAUAGUGUUUUUUUGUUGUCUGAGAGAUAAAUAGUGUGGCAAACAUACAAAAAUGGCUUCCCUUCAAGAACCAUGGCUAUUGGAGAACGGGAACUUGAAGGGUUGUAGCAAGGAGAUUCGCCAUGGAAGAACUGCACAUAACAUGUCGUCUUCCUCGUUGAGGAAAAAAUCGGAUUUGACCCUUGUCUCCAAGGUUCGGUUUGUCAUGCUUAGGCAGUUCCUCACCAAUCUUCAAGAGGUCAUUUUGGGGACAAAACUUUCGGUUCUCUUCCCUGCUAUUCCAUUGGCCAUUGCUGCUGAGUGCUAUGGCUUUGGAAGACCCUGGAUUUUUGCAUUGAGUUUACUUGGACUUACACCAUUGGCUGAAAGAGUCAGUUUCCUCACCGAGCAAAUUGCUUAUUACACUGGUGCGACAGUGGGAGGGCUGUUGAAUGCAACCUGUGGCAAUGCAACCGAGCUGAUCAUAGCUAUAUUUGCACUAAGCCAAAAUAAAAUAGACGUGGUCAAGUAUUCCCUGCUGGGUUCUGUCCUAUCGAACCUGCUUCUGGUCCUUGGGACCUCUCUCUUCUGUGGCGGUAUUGCCAACCUCAGAAGGGAACAAAAAUACGAUAGAAGACAAGCCGAUGUGAACUCUCUCCUCCUUUUGCUCGCAUUACUGUGUCAUUCGUUGCCGUUGUUGUUCCGAAUGAGUGGCGCAUCCGCCGCUCUCACGGCCGAUCCUACGCUGCAGUUGUCGAGAGCUAGCAGCAUUGUGAUGUUGAUUGCGUACAUCUCGUACCUGGUCUUCCAACUAUUCACACACCGGCAAUUGUUUGAAGCCCAAGAGGAAUCGGAAGACGGCGAUGGAAUAUCAGAGGAAGAGCCGGUGAUCGGAUUUUGGAGUGGAUUUAUAUGGCUUGUUGGAAUGACUGCUGUCAUUUCUCUCCUCUCUGAAUAUGUUGUAGAAACAAUUGAGGACGCAUCGGAUUCUUGGGGAAUUUCUGUUAGUUUCAUCAGCAUUAUACUGCUACCCAUUGUUGGAAAUGCAGCAGAACAUGCAGGAGCUAUCAUUUUUGCUUUCAAAAACAAGCUGGAUAUUUCUUUAGGUGUUGCAUUAGGGUCUGCAACACAGAUUUCCAUGUUUGUGGUCCCACUCUGCAUUGUCGUGGCUUGGAUUAUGGGAAUCAAGAUGGAUCUCAAUUUCAAUCUCCUUGAAACCGGCUCACUCGCUCUAUCCAUCAUCGCUGUUGCCUUCACUUUACAAGAUGGCACUUCUCACUACAUGAAAGGACUGGUUCUUCUACUGCUCUACAUCGUUAUCGGGGCUUGCUUUUUCGUAUCGAAAAUGCCUCUAAGCAACGGCGGUAUUGACACGAUCGUCGGAGUUUGACAGUGAAAAUGUAUCGAUCAUUUGUUAUUCUUUUU